AUGCCCCGCGCGCUGCCCCCCUCGACCGGCAUCCUUUGCGCGGGGGCCGCUCUAGGCGACGCCCGCCGCAGAGAGCGCACUUCCGGUUUCUUCCUUCACCCCCACAGAGUUAAGAAAAUGGUAGAGUGGCCCCGCCGGCUACGGAACGAGGCGCCCUCUCUUCCCCUUUCUCUGCUCUAUGGCCCCGCCCUCCAACCCGUCGCCGGACGUCACGUGACCCCGCCCCUCAAGAUGGCGGCCUCCCUGCGAGCUGGAGAGCCGCUGCGCCGGGCCGUGUCGGGCUCCGGGCUGAGGGGGCUGUCGGAGGAGCUGCGCGCCGAGCUGGGGGCGGCGCUGGCCGAGGGCGACCCCCGCCUGCCCUUCGCGCUCGCCCGGAAUCUCCACCUGGCCCUGCGGGAGGCGGGUUCUCAAGUAUAUCUUCAUGAACUGCUGGAGGGCAGUGAGAUCUUCCUUCCUGAAGUGAAAAAGCCUCCCAGGAAUCCAGAAUUAGAGGCCCGGCUGGAGAAGAUCAAGGCAAAGCUAGCCAACGAGGAGUACAAGAAGAUAACAAGGAACAUCAAUUGCCAGGAACUGAACCGCUAUGGCACUCUGGCUGAUCUUGGAAGGCAAGUCAGGUCCACCAAAGCCCUGUAUGUCACCAUAUUCAACUUCAUUGUCACCGUGGGAGCUGCAUUCGCCUGCACUUUUCUGGGUAGCCAGUACGUCUUCACGGAUAUGGCACCGCGUGUCUUGUCGGCUGUGAUCGUGGCCUCCGUGGUGGGUUUGGCAGAGCUGUACGUGAUGGUGCGGACAAUGGAAGGGGAGCUUGGGGAGCUGUAGGCCAAUGGCUUUCCUUGUCUGGGUGCCCAGAAACCCCUUCCUGGCUCACUUCUGCGGCUCUCCCACCUUGCUGCUAGUCUUGGAUCUGAAGAGGCGGGGUCAGCGGCGGCCAGAGAUCCUCCAUAACUCCCGGGAAGAACCGCAGAAGGAGGAGGGGACCAGCUCCUUGCAUCUUGUCCUCCAGCCAGCUGUUCACUACAGACAAAACCUUUUGCUAUCACACGAUCACUCCCUUGGUCCUGUGUAAGGCAAGGGCCCCAGACAUUGGCAUGCAGGCCCCUCUCCUUCCUCUCGCACGUGUAGCCUAGGUUGUUGGUCACAGCUGCCCAGGGCUUCCCUACAGCAAUCGAAGCUGCAAGGGGGCAUAAGUGGGAAAGCGGCUUCUCGCCAGGGAUGGACAAUCCUGCUUUAUGUCCUCGUCACUCCUAGUCACCGAAGGACAUCGUUCUGCUCAAAGACCUGGCCCCCCCAGGCACCCGCAAAGGCUCCAGGGCUGUUCCCGCUCUCCUUUGACACUCUCUCUCAACCUGGCCUGGGACUCGUCCUUCAGUUAUGACAGUGAACCUGGCAACCAGCUACUUCCCCAAGCCCCUUCUGUCUCGUGUAGAAAAGUGUGCUUCUACUACUGUGUGCAAUAAACUAUCUGACCAAAAGAA